AUGGCUUCGAACCCCGGUGGCAGCACGUCACAGUCCGAUUUCUACCAGGAGCGAGCCCAGGAUUUCGUUGAUUUACAUGAACAAGUAGAGACAAGCGUGCAGCUUCUCGACUCCCUUGAAACGUUCCUGUCGACAUUUCAGAAGGAUCUUAAUGCGGUGGCUGGUCAAAUAUCGGAACUGCAGGACAGGAGCAAAGAUAUUGAAGGGCGAUUGAAGAGUCGAAAGAAAAUCGAGCGCCCUCUCUCAAGUCUGCUGUCUGACAUUACCAUCUCGCCCAACCUUUCCAAGACUAUCCUUGAUACAAACGUUGGAGAAUCAUGGCUAGAAGCCAUUGAGCAAUUCGAAAAGCGGCUUAUCACAUCCAAAUCUCGAACGCGGGUAAAGGCCGCAAGGGAUCUCGGGGAGGUAGCGGAAGGCCUUCGGAUAGUGGCGGCCACUAAGCUGAGAGGAUUCUUUCUGGCUCUUUUCCAACCCAUUAGAAGCAGUGUUACCACCAAUAUGCAAGUCAUUCAGACGUCAGUGCUGCUGAAGUAUGCACCCUUGUUCGGCUUUCUGCAGCGACAGGCUCCAGCGGUAGCCAACGAACUUCAGAGGGCAUACGCUGGAGCCGCCAGGCUGUACUAUGAGACGGGCUUCCGCCGUUAUGCCAGGAGUCUAGGUUGGAUCAAGGCCCGUUCCUCAGAGAAGUUCGAGUCCAUUGCAACAGGCGAUGCGAGAAACAUCAGCAUUAAUAUUGAACGACUCCAGCACGGAAAACUGGAUGGUCCUGGAGUCACUCUAGGUUAUAUGGCGGAUGACAAGAACCACAAAGAGCCGAUUGAAGGUCUUUUGCGCUCACUUCUACUCGUCUUCAUGGACAAUGCAACAUCCGAGUACUCCUUUAUAUCCAAAUUCUUUGUCUCGUCACCAUCGCCGCCCUCUGUCGACUCUAGCUUAUCCUUACUUACACCCACCGCUGUCGUCCCCACUCCAAGUGCCAUGGCCACGCCUGAGACUGCUGUGUUCGCCGAAGCCCGUUCACCGGUUAAUUCGGAAUACGGAGGUGGCUCUAGACAGGUUUCCGUAGUGCAACCCAAUAUUUCUGGAGUCGUCCCUCAAAUGACAUCCAAGGAAGAACAGGCAGUUGUUGAUGCCAUCUGGAAGCAAGUCAUGGACCCGGUGCUGGAAUACUGCCAGACCUUUGUUCGCUCAGCCUUGGACCCCAUGCCUCCGACUAUCCCCUUGCUCACAAUAAUCCGCUUGACGGAAGAAGUCGUCACUGAAAUACAGAAGCGACGCUGUCCCCCCGCUGAAACCUUCAUCUUCGGUCUUAGAUUGCAAAUGUGGCCCAUCUUCCAAAAGGCAAUGCACGAGCAUAUCGAGUCCUUGAAACGACUCGCCGAAGGCACAAGCACAGGCUACUUUAGCAGAUCGUCUCCCAUUACCGACGCGGUAGUCGCGAAAGUAUCCCGGCAAUACGUCCAUUUCUUCAACUCAUUCGUGUACCUGACUGAACAUGAGGAGGAGACGAUGAUCUUCUCCAAUCUUCAACGACUGAGAGAAGAACUUGUUAAACUCGUCAACCGACAUACGGAAAGAAUUACGGACAGAGUGACGCGAGCCACAGCUCAGUCGGCUAUCUAUGAGGUCAUCCUACAGGGACUGAGUACUGGGACUCAGCACACUGCCCAUCUAAAGCUCCAGAAAGAAAUUGCAUUUUGGUCAUAUGUGGACGAAGAGGCCAAACGCAAGAUAGUAUCUGCUGGUCAGUCCCAUCGUAGCCACCCGGAAGGACACCGCACUUAG